AUGGGCAAGAUAGAGGUGACGGUGUGUGCGGCACGAAAGCUGCACGAUUGCCAGCUGAUUGGCCUGCCAGACCCCUUUGUGCGGCUCGUCAUGGGCGACAAGCGGUACAAGACGCAGGUGGUGAAGAACAGCCUCAACCCAGCGUGGGAUGAGACGUUUCGCUUUCACAUCCCGGACGAAAUGAGCACGCAGCUUCGGCUGGAGGUAUGGAACAAGUGCACGUACAGCGAUGACCUCAUGGGCUACUACGCGUUAUCCCUCGGUGGUCUGACAAAGGGCAUUGUGAAGGACCAGUGGUACAUACUAGAGAAGUCCAAGACGCAGGCAGAGCUGCACGUGCGCUUGUUGGCAGUGGACUUUGGUGCGCUUCCCAAGCAAGAGGAGCUGUGGAUGGUGACAACGGACAUCAACCGCGACCCGGUAAAGCGCGCCAUGGAGGACGGCACCUGGCGUCCGGGGCAGAAGACCGCCCCGCAGCAGCAACCACAGAGCCUGGGAGUUCAAUGCGUCGCUGCCCCGCCACAGCAAGCUCCGUGCGUCCCCCCACUGCUGGUACAGUACGUGCCCGCGCCGCAAGCUCAGUAUACUCCGCAGCCGCAGCUAAUGCAAUACGUCCCGCAGCAACCGCCUCAGGGCUACUAUCAGCCGCGCCCGCCUCUGCCGCAGCCCAGCUACUACCCGCCUGGCCCCCCGCCACCGCUGCAGUCUGGCUACUACCAGCAACCGCCAGUGCCGAUCCAGCAGGUGUACUACACGCAGCCACCUUCACAGUGCUACGCGCCGCAGCCGCAGUACCAGUACUAG